CUCAACUGUGGUGUAUGAGGAUCAGGCAGGCACUAUUCCGUAGCUUCAUCAUGACCGAAGCUUGAGACAGUGAAAAUUCUACGUGGGUGCUGAGCAGCGUCUCUGCUGGUGCUGAUGUCCAACUGGCGGCCAAGUUCAAGGCGCUGCUUCUACUCCGUACUUCCUGCCAAAACGUCCGACCGGUGACGGUCUGUGUGCGACCGCCACCCCGCUUCAUCCUCCCCAUCUUUCCGCAAGCUUUAUCGCCGGUUCCCAGCCUUCUCUAUUUUUCCUGCCCCGAGCGUUCUAGCUCUCUUUCCCUCCGUGCUUCCUAGAAUAUCUACUGUGUACGGAGUACCGCUGACAGAUUACGGCUUCCACCGCACCUAUUGAGAGUCGGAGGAUCUAACAUCUCCACCGCCAGAAUGGGGAGCUUCACGUUUCGAUGGCCGUACAGUGCGAGCGAAGUGUUUGUCACUGGGACGUUUGAUGACUGGGGCAAGACUGUGCAGCUGGACCGCAUAGGCGAUGGGUUCGAAAAGGAAGUUUCGUUACCGGCCACGGAUGAGAAGAUACACUACAAGUUUGUCGUUGACGGAUUCUGGACCACCGAUAGCGGAGCCCCCGAGGAAGACGACGGCAACAACAACAUCAACAACGUGCUCUAUCCUGACCAGAUUCAGGAAGAAUCAACAGAUCCCCUACUGAACGGCACUGCCACUAUGUCCGGCGUUAGGCCAGAUUCAACUACCGCUGCAUUGGCAGCCGGCAUUCCCAAAGAGUCCAGCAGCAAAUAUGGUCAAAGCGGAUAUUAUCCCACCAUCUCGUCGGCCGCACCGGGGUCGACCACUGCAGGACUGGGCCAGGACGUACCUUUGGAGCAGCGGGCCAGUGUGCCGGGAUCCUAUCCAGCUACCCCAGCUAGUGAGACUGAGAAAUUCUCCGUGAAUCCCAUCCCGGCCUCCAGUGGCACCGGCAACCCGAUCAAGCUUAACCCGGGGGAGAAGGUGCCUGACGCCAGCACAUUCAACCCCAACACCAUUUACUCAACUGCGCGGACCGACCAGGCUGGCUAUGAACAGGGAGGCAGCAGUGCCUUUGCCGGCUCCAACUUCGAUGGCAGCGCUUUUUCGGUUCCCCCGGUAUCUAAGAAUAUGAUCCCAGAGUCCAGCCUUCCCAUGGGUGAUAGUCCGGAGGCUACGCAACCUACCUACACGAUCCAAUCUGUCGCACCUAUGUCCACUACUGCUGGACUUGCUGCUGCAGUUCCCCUGGAAUCCCAGAGGCACACCACGAGCGGACUGCCUGCGACAGAUGUCCCGGAUGUGGUGCGACAGUCGCUCUCCGAUGCCCACAAGGACCCUGAGGCAGCCACUAGUGAGACGGCGGUCGAGGAGAAGAGGGAAAUGGAAGAGGAGCUUCGACAGAAGGUUCCAGUAGACAAUUCCCCCGGCACGCCAGCGCCUGUUAUUACUUCCUCUCCUGCCACUGGACUGGGUGCCGGUGCUGCCGGACUUGGCACUGCUGCCGGGCUUGGUGCUGCUACUCUGGGAUCACAGAGACAGACCGCCGGGGAUGUCCCCGAUGUGGUGAAGCAGUCGAUUUCUGAAGGCUACAGGGACCCUGAAGCGGCCACUAGUGAGGCAGCAGUCGGAGAGAAGAAGGUGAUGGAAGAGGAGCUCCAACAAAAGGUCCCGGUGGACAAUUCCCCUGGCACGCCUGCACCUGCUAUCACUUCUACUGGGAUUGGACUUGGAGCUGGGGUGGCCGGACUUGGCACUGCUGCCGGGCUCGGUGCGGCUACUCUGGGAUCACAGAAACAGACCACCGGCGGGUUGCCCGCUGAGGAUGUUCCCGAUGUCGUGAAGCAGUCGAUCACUGACGCCCACGAGGACCCCGAGGCAGCCGUCAAUGAGGAGGCCGUUGAAGAGAAGAGAGAGAUGGAAGAGGAACUUCAACGAAGGGUCCCGGUGAACAACCAGGCUGGGGCGCCAGCACCAGCUCUCACGGCUGCCACUACGGAGACCGCACCACGGGCUACUGGCGAACCUGCGCCGGAGACUGCUGGUCCGGUUGGCACAGCUAGCACUACGGAGAUCCCCCGGGCUACUGAUGAUAAGCUCGCUUCGGGUCAGGUCUCCCCCCGGAACACUGACUCCACGGAUGGACCCACGGUGACCACCGGGGUUGGCACUGCGAAGACUUCUGCAGUAUCUGGGCCGGGUGCUGUCGCUUCCGAGGACACCUCGCAUCCCCCGACUGCUGGAGCGACGGGCGCCAGUGCGACCAAGACUGUUGACUCUGGGGUGGAGAGUGGGCCGACUGCCGACGAGACCACUACUCCCACUGCUGGUGCCACGGGUGCGAGUGCGACGAAAACCGCCGAUUCAGCUAAUCCAGCUGAGACCGAAGCGUCGGCUGGCACGACAGGCUCGGGGCCGACCAACGGCGCGGCGAAGCCGGCCAACACGACCAAUGGCAAGGAGAAAAAGAAGAAAGGCUUUUUCUUGCGACUGAAGGAGAAGUUGAAGUCGGUUUGAAGACGAUGGCUAUGAUAAUGAUUACGGUGUAUGAUGGGAGGAUGGAUUCUGUGCUUACUCGACUGGAUACCUGAUUGCAUGGCUCGUAUAGUUGCUACGGCUUGGUUUACUGGUGCUCGUGGAGCAUGGUAGCUAGUAUGAUAAUGUUAAUGUUGAUUAUGGAUAUUUCUAGCUAGAUGGGUAUUGCGUCGCUGAUGAUGCCGUUGAUUUUGACGGGGUAGCCCAAGACGCUGGAGAGUUAGCCUGAUUCGCCGCGGGGAGUCACCACUUACUCUUUGCCGGUCUGGGUGAGACAGCAACCGCAGAAGAUGGAGGCGGGGUAGCAGAUGACCUGUAUCAUUAGCUAUGAAGCAGUAGCAGUCCGAUCGACAUACCGCAGCCA